CCACUAAUAAUACAAUCAUUUUAUCGUAAUGAAUAUUAAAAGGCAACACGCAAAAACACAAAUGAUUGUGAAUUAUCUGCACAGUAGUCUAUAAAUUUUAGCGUCGCUCAGUUUCAGAUCUCAAAAACAAACACUGGUCUUAAAUUUUCAGAGACCGACGCCAUAUUAUCCAAAUCCGCCAUUUUUCUCGUGAUCAAUCUUUUUCUUUCCUUUUUCUCGCCAAAGUACCGUUACAGCAUCCAUUUCUCACCGUCAACUGACGUUUAAAAUCGAUUGAUUAUCACGGACAGAUUCUAUCAUCCUCUCGAACUCUCUCCAUGAAUAUAGCAUUCCUAUAAAUACAACUGAAAUCAGCUUACUAAAAUGGAUGACAGAGAGAUGAAUAGAGAGAGAAGGCACAGUCAUCGCCACGAGGAGGAGGUAACGCUAGAUAAAGAGGAGGAGGAAGACGACGGAGCAGAUGAGUAUGAAUAUCGUAAUGUAAGAGAUCGAAUCAAAUCGUCUCGUGGAAGCCGGUUUAAUUUGAUCGAGAAUGAAUUAGGACUUCAACCGUGGCGGACGUCGUCGUCGUCGUCUAAUCGGAGAAAAUUUAGCCGUGAGUCGGUGAUUAAUGGUUUUAAUUAUUUAUCUCAAGGUCUCGUUAUCAAUCCUGAUAACAGAUGGUAUAGGGCAUGGACAAAAUUCAUACUGUUAUGGGCAGUGUACUCAUCCUUUUUUACACCUAUGGAGUUUGGUUUCUUCAGAGGAUUACCUGAAAACCUCUUCAUACUGGACAUCAUUGGCCAAAUAGCUUUCCUUUUCGAUAUUGUUUUACAAUUCUUCAUUGCCUAUAGAGACAGCCAGACAUAUCGUUUGGUUUAUAAACGCACUCCUAUUGCUCUACGAUACUUAAAAUCUCAUUUUGUCAUUGAUUUACUUGCCUGCCUGCCUUGGGAUCUGAUCUACAAGGCAUGUGGACAUAGAGAAGAAGUAAGGUAUCUUUUGUGGAUUAGGCUAUGUCGAGUGCGCAAAAUCAUCCAGUUUUUUCAAACAAUGGAGAAGGAUAUACGAAUCAAUUACCUCUUUAGCAGGAUCAUAAAGCUCACCGUUGUUGAACUUUAUUGCACACACACGGCAGCCUGCAUCUUUUACUUCUUGGCUACCACUCUGCCAUCCAAUGAAGAGGGUUAUACUUGGAUCGGAAGCUUAAAGAUGGGCGAUUACAGUUAUGCCUCCUUCAGAGACAUUGAUAUCUGGAAGCGAUACAUAACAUCUUUAUAUUUUGCUAUUGUCACUAUGGCUACUGUUGGUUAUGGAGAUAUACAUGCUGUCAAUUUGAGGGAAAUGAUAUUUGUUAUGUUCUACGUAUCAUUUGAUAUGGUUCUUGGAGCUUAUCUGAUAGGUAAUAUGACAGCACUAAUUGUAAAAGGAUCAAAAACAGAAAGGUUCAGAGAUAAAAUGACGGAUCUUAUCAAAUACAUGAAUAGAAAUAAACUUGGAAAGGAGAUCCGUAAUCAGAUCAAAGGCCAUGUGCGCUUACAAUAUGAGAGUAGCUAUACUGAAGAAUCUGUUAUUCAGGAUCUUCCUAUCUCCAUUCGUGCUAAGAUUUCCCAAACCUUAUACAUGCCAUACAUUGAAAAUGUUCCUCUCUUCAAAGGAUGCUCUGCAGAAUUUAUCAGUCAGAUUGUUAUUAGGCUCCACGAAGAGUUCUUUCUCCCUGGAGAAGUAAUUAUGGAGCAAGGGAAUGUUGUAGAUCAACUUUAUUUUGUCUGUGACGGUGUGCUGGACAAAGUUGCCUCAGGUGAAAACGAAUCAGAAGAGGCUGUCUUGCAAUUACAACAGAACAGCUCAUUUGGAGAAAUCUCUGUUCUCUGUAACGUUCCUCAGCCGUUUACUAUUCGUGUUCGUGAAUUAUGUCGGCUUUUACGGAUUGACAAACAAUCUUUCUCAAAUAUACUCGAUAUAUACUUUUAUGAUGGACGUAAAAUAGUGAACAACAUGUUAGAGGGAAAAGAAUUUGGUCUUCAAGAUAAGCAACUAGAAUCAGACAUUACAUUUCACAUUGGAAAGCAAGAAGCUGAACUUGCUUUAAGGGUUAAUAGUGCAGCCUAUCAUGGAGAUCUUUAUCAGCUAAAAGGCUUUGUCCGAGCAGGUGCUGAUCCAAACAGAACGGAUUAUGAUGACCGAUCACCAUUGCAUCUUGCGGCAUCAAGAGGCUUUGAAGACAUUGCACGCUUCCUCAUUCACGAGGGAGUCGAUAUUAACAUCAAAGAUAAAUUUGGAAAUACACCAUUACUGGAAGCUAUCAAGAAUGGACAUGAUCAUAUUGCAUCUCUACUCGUUAAAGAAGGGGCGGAGUUGAGCAUCGACGAUGCUGGUAGUUUUCUUUGUUCAACUGUUUUAAAGGGCGACUCGGAUCUUCUGAGAAGGACUUUGUCCAAUGGGAUUGAUCCAAACUCCAAAGACUAUGACCACAGAACCCCACUUCAUGUAGCUGCCUCAGAAGGACACUAUAUUAUGGUAAAGAUGUUGUUGGAAGCUGGAGCCAGUGUUUUCUUCAAAGACAGAUGGGGAAGAACUCCACUUGAUGAAGGUCGAGUGUCAGGAAACAAGAAAUUGAUCAAGCUACUAGAAGAGGCCAAAUCUGUCCAGCUAUCAGAAUUCUCUUCCCACUCCCAAGAAAUUAUAGAUCAAAAGCACAGAAAGAAAUGCACAGUUUUCCCCUUCCAUCCAUGGGGCCCGAAAGAAGAAAAAAGAGCAGGAAUAGUAUUAUGGGUUGGUAAUACCAUUGAAGAGCUGAUAAAAGCAGCAGCAGAACAACUAAAUCUUGGAGAUGAUUGUUGUAUACUAACAGAAGAUGGAGGUAAAAUUCUUGACAUAGAAAUGAUCGACGAUGGAGCAAAAUUGUAUUUAAUCAGAAGCCAAACACAUCAGCUAUGAACAAAUCACAUUUUUGUACAUAUUGUAGCGGCUGAAUACAUAGUUUGACCCCUGAACUUGUACCCUUUUACCCAUCUAACCCCUAAACAUAACGUCUCAUCUAUCGAACCUCUGAACUUGUCAAAUAAUCCGAUUUGACCCCUGAACUUGAUAAAAACGUAAACAUUGAACCCCUCCGUACACAAUUUCUUCUAGAAUGUUUCAAGUGACAGGUGGCACGGAGGGGUUCAAUAUUUACGUAUUUAUCAAGUUCAGGGGUUAAAUCGGAUUAUUUAACAAGUUCAGGGGUUCGAUAGGUGAGACGUUAAGUUUAGAGGUUAGAUGGGUAAAAGGGUACAAGUUCAGGGGUCAAACUAUGUAUUAAGCCUAUUGUAGCUCACUCAUGUAUCAUCUAUGUAUUCAUCAUGCUCAUACAUAUGUAGCAUUUUUUAAUAAAAUAAUUUUCUGGUUGUGUAA